GACAGCGCCUAUCAUCCGCAUUGUGGGUCAGUGUCGCCGCCAUAUUGGCGCGGGCAGCUCUUUGUCAGAAGACUUGUCUAGAGUAAACAUGCCUGAUUCGUGUGCUGCCUGGGGCUGCAAAAACCGCCGCACAAUACAAAGCAGACACCGCGGAAUUACUUUCCACAAGUUUCCUAGGGAGAAAGCAUUGAGGAGGCAAUGGGAAAUAGCUACUAAAAGGAAGGGUUUCUCCGCCAGCCACUGCUCGGUGCUGUGCAGUGAGCACUUUAAGCCACAGGAUGUGGACAGGACAGGUCAAACUGUCAGGAUUCGAGAAGGAGCUAAACCAUCCGUCUUCAGUUUCCCAGCUCAUCUACAAAGACCGGUGGCACCCAGGAAGACAAGAACAUCAAGGAAAGCUGAAGAGAGGCCACAAGUGGACUGUUCUCAGCAGAUACAGGAGACUAAACCUCUGGCUAAUGUUGACCACUCCUAUGCCUUGCCAGCAGAUCCCACUGAUCUAAAGGCUCGACUCGGUGAAGCCUUGGCUAGAGUGGAGAGUCUGGAGCGAGACAUGAGGAACGUGAAGAAACGAGAACAGAGGGCAAAGAACAUGGUGCUAGCUCUUCUAGAAGACCUCAACGGAAAGAACGUCAUAAAUGACGAGUUGAAACACAAGCUCAAUUUCUACUCGGGGAAGAUGAAAAUAAAAAGUUGAACCGUGUGGCGGAUGAGUUGCAUGGAUGCCCAGCCUGGUGUGAAAGUGAUGAUGUUAUAUAUGUUGAUAUGUAUAUUUGAUUUGUCUAUAGUUCUGGUGCUUUGGUUUGGUGGGAAAAGACUCGAGUCUUGUGUGAUAUUCAUUUGUUUUGUGACAAUUUGUCAGCCAUAGCCUAGUCAUGCC